CUUGUGCCAGCGCUCAAGUGCAGACGGACGAAGGGAUCCAGUAUCAUCAGGUGGCUUAUGGUACAAAUGAAAUCCUGCUUGUGUAAACGUGAGGUGUCUUCGGUCGACCCCGCAUCGGAGACUGCUCCGUAUCGCACUCGUUCCGAGUAGGAGUAUAUAUAGCAGGACUGAGCUGCGUAGACUACGAGCUACAAAUACGUCCCAAAGUACCAUCCCACUCACUACGCAAUGGCGACGAUGAAAGCCCUGGUGUAUACCGCCCCCAGCACCAUCGAGCUGCAAACCCGGCCCAAACCGACAAUUCAAGCCCCGACCGAUGCCAUUAUUCGUAUCCAACAUGCCUCCAUCUGCGGCACGGACCUGCAUAUUCUCAAAGGCGACGUGCCCUCGAUCCAGCCCGAGCGGAUUCUAGGCCACGAAGGCGUGGGGAUCGUGGAGGAGAUUGGUGCUUCAGUGAGCAAGUUUGCCGUCGGGGAUCGGGUGUUGAUUGCCAGUCAGACGUGUUGUGGUGGUUGUCGGUUCUGCCAGAGAGGAAUUGUCUCGCACUGCGAUGAGGGAGGAUGGCGGUUGGGAAAUCGGGUGGACGGAACGCAGGCGGAGUAUGUACGGAUUCCACAUGCGAACCUGUCACUGCACAAGAUCCCGGACGGCAUCCCGGGACGGAUUGCGAUUAUGCUGUCGGAUGUGCUCCCGACCGGGAUGGAAUGCGGGACGUUGAACGGCAACGUGACGCCCGGAGGCAGUGUGGUGAUUAUUGGCGCGGGACCGAUUGGCGUGGGGUGUUUGUUGACGGCGCAGCUGUAUUCGCCGGCAACGUUGGUGAUGGUGGACGUGGACGAGGCGCGGUUGGAACAGGCACGAGCCAUGGGAGCGCAGACGGUCAACACGAGAGCGCCGGAUGCCAAGGAAACCUUGGACCGACUGACGGACGGACAAGGGUUCGACUCGGUAAUCGAGGCGGUCGGGAUCCCGGCGACGUUUGAACAAGCGCAGGAGUUGGUGGCGAUAGGAGGGUCAAUUGCGAAUGUGGGAGUGCAUGGCGUCAAGGUGGACUUGCAUAUCGAGAAGCUGUGGGAUCGGAACAUCAGCAUCAAUAUGGCGCUGGUCAAUGCGACAUCGAUACCGCGGUUGAUGCGGUUGGUGCAGAGUGGAAUGCUGGACGUGUCGAGUUUGGUCACUCACUCGUUCCCCAUGGCACAGGCGGACCAAGCGUACAGCACAUUUCAGGCAGCGGCUCAACAUCGGGCAUUGAAGGUGACGAUAGACAUAUAGACAUCGAACAGCUUGACAGAACCCCAGUCCAUAACGUCAAUGAAGGAAUUUCUCGCAAUCGGUCAUGGACCGAGUCGGGGUGAACCGGCACGGAAUUGGAUGUAAUUUGCUGACAGGU